AUGGCGAGAGACACGACAACAGUCACGUCUCGCACCCAGCGCACCGAGACCAUAUCAUUUCCCGUGUUGACCUAUAGCGACGCCUUGCCCCGGAAUGACCUUCGCGAUCUUGACGAUCAACCUUCAAAACGUCUAACCCGGGCUGGAAUUGUUGGAGAAUGGGACUUCCGACAGCCCUCUCCAGUAGAGGGGUGGUUUAGAAGACCACCGCCAGGCCCUGGUGCGAAUUUCGACUUUCAAGUGACAUCGCCAGCGGAUGAAGUCAUUUCAUCUAGCAACGGACCGACCGAGCAGUAUAUGAUAGGAGUUGCACUGGGUAGCCCAGGCAUGAUCAACGAAGAUGAACCUUUACCGCCGCCUCGGUUCGAUACAGCAAUCUUCGAGCCAGAGCGAAUGACACAAAGCCCCCAGGCUUACAAACAGAGCAAGUGGAAGAAGAUUGGGGGACUACUCAAGGCAAAGAAUGCACUUACAUCGCCAUCAAAUCAACUACAUGGAAGCUUGGCUCAGCAACCCGAGAAGUCCAACAAGCCCAAGGAAAGGAAUAAUUCUUUGGAAGAGUGGUCGGCUUUUGAGGUAGACCCUAAGGCAAUCAUGGGCGGCGUUAAUCAAAGCCCUUCACGUUCUCGGAAGUUUUCACUGAGCGGGAGGAAAGCGCCUCCAGAGGAACCACCCGUUCAAAGGCCCUUGCUGAGUGUCGACAUCCCGGAUAUCCAAAUGGAGCGAUAUAGUGUCAUGUUCAGCGACGUUGUCAACAAGAACGAGAGACCUUCACUGCUGGCCAGAAGGGCAAAGACAUUGGACAAUCUCCGUGUCCCGGACGCAAAUGGAUUUCUGAAAGCGCCUGCGCCACCUCCAAUGCCACAACGCCGGGCAACGUCGCCCGCGAGAUCUAGCUUCACCUUAUUCCCAAGCUCACAGCCGUCCAAGGCGGCUCGGUUACUCGGCACGCAGAACUUCUCUCGCGGCCUAGGCCCUCUAAUCAGGUCCAAUACGUUGCCAGUCGAAAGUCCGUCUAAGGCAUCGGCAAACCACUCUCGCAACAGCUCGAACAUCAACAGCACAUCUUUAUUCGAAUCACCUGUCAUCCCGAGAUUAAACGAGCGCUCGAGUUCAAAUACCCCGCGAUCAUCUAGCAGCCUAGAUAAACCUCUUCCCGCAAUCAAGCAUGAGCCACAGGCUUCCCACCAGCAGCGAAUUGUUCAACCACCGAAGAACAUUCUCUCGCCGCAGAAGUCUCGAUCAAACUCGUUCGCAAAACAGCAAAACAGUACUCACCCUGUUCCUCCAAGGCAGGAUCAACAGCCAUGGAAGAUUACACAUCCACCAAGAAAAGACUCUCAACCGAGGACAGGUCAAAAGCCACCCCAGGUUGCCUCGUCACAGAAGCAGAGUACACAUCACCGUGUCGACCACAGACCAGACAACCACAAACGAGACCACCCGGCCCGACCACGUCUCAGAGUCCAAACUGAAGCUCGACCACAACCCCCAGCCAACGACAAUACCACAAGCGGCACAUCUCUAAGCCCACCAUCAACACUAAAUGCCACCCAACAAAAGAUCGACCGAAUCAUGUCCCCAGCUUCAGCCUCUCCAGCGACGAGAUUGGGCAUUUCCCCAGCAGAUUCCACGCGCUUGCCCUUUGCGGAUGCCGACGGUGCCAUUGAAAUCAAUGAAAAUGAAGAGCCCGAGUCAGAGCAGGAACCACCCCGGGCAAUUCCGCGAGUUGGGGUCUCGAUUGCUCGCUCGAUAUCGGUUUCUAGGGGAAAGCGCCAGAUGCUUGUUCCUAUCGGGGCCAAGGUUGAACAUUUCGAUCCUGAUGAGAGGUUUGUGCAGAGAAGAGUCUUGACGUCGCAGAUUAUGGAUGCUCAUCGGGGUCAUCGGCCUGGUGUGUCGCAGGAAUUGCGAAUCGAGUCUUUUUGA